GCAUAUAAAUAGAGAGCCGGUGAGAAAAAAUAUCAAACGUCACAAUAAAGCAUCUCUCAUUUUCCCACCUGAUUCCUCAACUGCUUCUUCCUUUCUCCAUUACAUACCACACGACAGUGAUUUCGAUCUCUGUACAUCGAUCAAAUGGCGUUACAGACCGUGAAAUACUGGCUAACGGAGCAUCCUAACAUCGUUAACUUCCGUUGGAGUCCAACUCAAUCAUACGCCUCCACGUGGUUUUUCCUAUUCGCCGCCGUUUCAUCAUACGUCAUCGCCGCCGUCUCUCUCCACAUCCUCCUCGCAGUCACCCGACGCCGACGCGGCCUCUCCCUCGGCCCUAUCCCGGCCCUGCACAGCUUAGCCAUGGCUCUGAUCUCCGCCGUGAUCUUCGUCGGAAUGCUCCUCUCCGCCGCCGCGGAGAUCAGGGAUACGCGCUGGCUGUGGCGGCGAACGCGCACCACGGCGCUCCAGUGGUUCCUCUGUUUUCCCGUGGGAACACGCGCUUCGGGACGCGUGUUCUUCUGGUCGUACGCGUUUUACCUCUCUCGGUUCCUUCAUUUGUUCCGAACCUUCUUCGCGGUGAUACGACGUCGUAAGCUCAGCUUCUUCCAGCUCAUCAACCAGUCUUCUCUCCUAUGCAUCUCCUUCCUCUGGCUCGAGUACUCCCAGUCCUUCCAGGUUGUGGCGAUACUGUUAACGACCGUUUCUUACGCCGUCGUGUACGGCUACAGAUUCUGGACGGCGAUCGGGUUACGUGGCGCGUGUUUUCCGUUGGUCGUUAACUGUCAAGCCGUGUUGUUAGGGUGUUUGACGGUGUGCCACGUGGGCGUGUUGUGCAUACACCUGGUCAAACGCGGAGGUUGUAACGGUAUCGGUGCUUGGCUGUUUAACUCCGUUCUAAACGCCGUUAUCUCGUUGCUCUACUUGAAGUUCUACGUCAAGACGCGUUCGUUAAGCCUACGUAAACAAUAAUUUUUUUUUUUUGUAUUAUUAAGAAAAAUGAAUAUAUUAUAUCAACCGGAAAAGAAAUCUACUUCAGGAAAAAAAUAAAUAAAGACUGGAGAUUAAGAUUUUUCUUCUGUUGUUGUAAUGAUAAUUAACGUGAAUGUAUAGUCUCUACGUAAAAUCCAUAAUGGGAUUCUGAUAAUGAUAUUUAACAACUGAGUAAUUAAAGUUACUCUUGAGAGAAAACUAUCAAUGAAUUUUUUAAUAUUCAGAUA